UCUCAUCCAUCUAAAAAUCUCCCCUUGUUUUCUCUCUCUUCUUGCCUUCAUUUUCUUGUUUCGUUUCUUUUCUUCUUCUUCUUCUUCUCUCCAAAAAAAAGUCGGUCACAAGAAGCUACCCUAAUGGUAACACCCUAUUCACGUUUCCUUUUUUUCAUUCUUCUCUUUCCCUUCGUCUUCUUUCUCUUUUUGUUUUCUUUGAUCUUUGAUCCAAAGAAGAAGAGGAAGACGAGCUACCUCAGCCAGAGAAGAAAAUGAGAGAUGAAGAGGAAAAGAAAAAAGAAAGCACGAGUUUGUGUCAAGUUUUUUCUAAUUUCUACCAUCUGUAUACUCCUCUCGUCAUCAUCUUUCAAAUGCCCAGGAAAAACGGCGGAACAUCGACGUCGGCGCAGAUUCGCAAGCCUCCGGAAAAAGAUCCCGGACGAUGUCAUGUGCAGCAAUUUUAAUUUACGAAUUGGUAAAAUCCUUUCUGGAUUGGUGCCUUUCGCACCACUAGGGGUUGAGGUGUUCCAUUGGUUGUUGGAGUUGCGAUCUGAAGAGGAGAAUGUUGGAUUGGUUGUGCGCCUCAGGGCUUUGAGUUCAUAGGUACGUGCUAACCCAAUUGCAGCAGACAGAUUUUGAGGGUUUUGGACUCUUACAUCAGCCCUUAGCCCAUCCUUCAAUCCACUAAUAAAACACUCAGCUUCUUGUUUAUCUGUCAAAGUGUCGGCCGGUGCUAGAAGCCUUUCAAACCGAGUUUGAUAGUCGGAAACAGUUCCCGUCUGCUUAAGCUUGCAUAAGUCUCCAAAGAAAUCUUCAUAUUCAGUUGCAGGAAAUCUCUCUAGCAAUCCCGCCUUCAUUCCAUCCCAAGUAACCAAGUGACCUUGAUUUUUGCGUCGCCCAAUGAUGUCGCGGCAAAUCCAGAGUUGGAUCUUCCGAGCCAUCAUAGCAAGGAAAAUCAAGCUUUGCAAGCUUAGGAGCCUCUAGUCCACCUGCGUACCCAGCACCACCCUGUCCAUGUGGUCCCCGAUUCCUAUUGACGGACCCUUCUUCCGGCAAGUCUAAUCGGGAGUUCAUUGCCCCCACUAGUUCUUCCAUCUGCUUAAGGAGCCUUUCUUAACCUGAACUCAGCUUCUCAACCUGAUUUUCAAGCCUUUGGAGUCGUUGAUCGUCAGCCAUAACCGGCUCUGAUACCACUCUGUCACGUUCUAAGUUAAUGGCACGAUCCCGUCCCCUCCCUCUCCCCCUAAGAACAAGGAAAUUUAUAACUUAACAGACUCAACAACUUAAGAGAUUAAACAGCAACAAUUACUAAAAAAUAGCUCACGCUACGACUAGUGCCGACCCUUCUACCGCAGCUCCUCCUACGCUCCCUAAUCCUUCUCCUCCUCCUCCUGCGCUCCUUAAUCCUCAAGCUUCAGCUUCUGUGACGCCACAUGCCAGUACUGCAUCACCGGCAAUCAUCAUGGACGUUGAUGAUCCCGAUGGCUCCGUAAAUGAGAAAGCCUGGUACACUACCAUGAUUUUUGAAGCUCUAUCGACCAUGAACAAUUCGGCGGGAUGCAGUAUCAGUGAAAUCGCGAAUUCUAUCGAGAAAAGGCAUAUGGUGCCUGAGAAUUUCAGGGAGUCGUUGAACUCAAAAUUGACAGACCUUGUUUCGAUGGAGAAGCUUGACAUGGACCAAAACUGCUUCAAGAUAAAGAAGGUUUUGGGUUCAAGUCAGUCAGAGUCACAUAAUCAGACAUUGGAAGAAGCUGCGGCGGAGGCGGCCAGGUUAAUUGCUGAAGCAGAACACAAGGAAAUUCUGGCAGCUGAGGCGGUUGAGGAGUUAGAGAGAGUCGAAAGGAUGGUAGAAGAAAGUGAGGCAAUUCUGAAGAUGACAGAGGACCUAAUGCGCAAUGCUGGAGCUGGCGAAGGAAAUCCAUGAACAAAGUAAGAUCCAAAGAAAAAAGAUUUCUUAACUACUUGUUUUUUUUCUGGAAUAAUGACAUAUCUUAAAGCAUCCCUUCUCCUCCCUCUUGGUUUACUCCACUACAGGCUCUUCUUUAACUCUUAAGACCAAAUAAGAAUGUUGAUUGCUCUGAGAACGGAUGAGUGGGUGUUUAGAGACGAGCAGUUCUGGCUACCAUGACAUGAACCAAGGGCCUCUUUGGUAUAGAGAAGUAGAAGUAAUUGCUAUUACUAGUAAGACACCCAUGUUUCAAAGUUCUAUACAAACACACACAUUCUUUCAACC